AUGGCGAUCUGUACUUAUAACGCACCUACGCUUGCAUCAGAAGCGACCAUCGAAGAUCUGAUGAUGCAAGCCAAGAAGAUCAAGUACGACGUCAUCGGACUGACCGAGACGAGACGACGUCACCCUCUCAACGCCGUAUAUGAAACUGGACAAGAACUCUUCUUAGGAACAUGCGACAGUAGAGGUGUUGGUGGAGUUGGCGUCCUCGUCAACACAGGUAUGGCAAAGAACAUCGACUCUUUCGAACAACUUACGUCCCGAAUCGGAAGUCUGCGGAUGAGAAGAUGUGGUGCAACACCAGCUUUGACUAUCUUCGUCGCUUACGCUCCAACAUCAAGCUACGAAGAAGAAGAAGUCGAAGCUUUCUAUAUUUACCUGGAGAAGUUCUACCGAGAAGAUCAUGCCUUCUACGAAGUCAUAAUUGGCGAUUUCAACGCCAAAGUUGGCCCACGAAGAACGCCUGAAGAACUUCACAUCGGGACCCACGGACUACAAUGGAAUGAACAAGGGGAGAGACUCUCCGAGUUCACCAUGACGACUAAGACCAUCCAUGGGAACUGGAAAUUGCAGAAGCCCUCCUCUCUACUCUGGACGUGCGAGUCACCCGGUGGAGGGUACCGUAAUGAAAUAGACCACAUCAUCGUCAAUAAAAGGUUCUGCCUGACGGACGUCGCUGUUGUACCAAAGUUCUAUACGGGAUCGGACCAUCGCCUCCUCCGAGGAAGUAUUUCCUUCACAAGGAGAGAAGAGAAAGCCACCAACCAGCUUUUGGAAGAUUCCGCAGUGGACAACAUGGACGAGGAAUAUGACCAGCUUGUUGAACACCUUCACAACUGCGCGAAGAAGGCUGAGAGUCUUAAAACCACCAAGAGACGCCUGUCUCUUGAAACUCUUGAGCUGAUACGCCAGCGUGGAGCAACACGAGCCGCAGGGAACCAAGAACUCACGUUCGAGCUCACAAGGCUUUGCAGAGAGGCGAUAAAGGGAGACCUUAAAGACAGAAGAGCAGAAGUGCUGGCUGAAGCUGCAGAGGCGGGGAAAAGCAUCCGCUAUGCCCGUCGAGACUUCGCCAGUCGCAAGACGAGGAUGACUGCUCUCCGGAACCCAAAGGGAACAGCCAUUGCAUCGAGAAGGGGGAUGGAGAAAAUAAUCUACGACUUCUACUCUGAUCUCUUCGACAGCCAUGUCCACUUGCCUCCUCACCAUCUGAGGGAAGACAGACAUGUCAUUCCAGAGGUUCUCCCGUCCGAAGUACGACAUGCUAUCAUGUCAUAUCGUGAUAAGAAAUCGUACGGCAUCCGGGCACGACAGAAUAAGACCAGAACACCUGAAGAACCUUCCGCCAGUACUCAUCAACACCCUAGCGAGGCUCUUUACACGUUACCUGUCGGAGUGCAAGGUUCCUAA